AUGAUCAAGGAGGUCGAUGAGGAUCUGGACAAUCAGAUCGCCUACCGCGAGUUCCUCCUCAUCUUCCGCUACGCCAAGACCGGUCGUCUCUCCAGCGAGGGUCUCCGCUCGCUCGCCCAGUCCGUCAACGUCGGCGAGGUUGGCGUGGGAGGUGCCAAGGGCUUCUUCGAGCAGAAGGCGGCGGCGCAGAACGCCGAUGCGCAGAUGCAGGAGAAGGACCGCCAGUACCGCGAGCAGGUCAAGCAGCAGAACGAGGAGAAGAAGGCCUCCCGCGCCGCCUUCAAGGAGAAGGCCGCCCUCUUCCAGUAA